AUGGAGCGAAAUUCAAAGCUAGCUCUCGUUGGUGGAGUGGUACUCUUCGUAGUUUUCAUCUUUCUACUAUUCGUGUCAGAUGGUGUAGAUGGUGUUAUAUUUCUCAUAAUCAUGUUAUUUCUGAUAAUCACCACUUUGGGUCUUAUUUAUUACUUUAGGAGAAAGCUCAAAAACAAAGGAAAGGAUUUGAUGCUAUUUGAUUUCAGUAAUGAAGUAAAUAAGCUUGAGAAAAAUAGUAAAAAGGAAGUUGAACUGCCAUUAUUCAGUUUCGCAAGUGUUUCUGCAGCAACAAAUAAUUUCUCAGACUCAAAUUUGCUUGGGAGGGGUGGUUUUGGACCUGUCUACAAGGGAGUAUUACUAAAAAGAGAUGAGAUAGCUGUGAAAAGGCUUUCAAGAGGAUCUGGGCAAGGAUUGGAAGAGUUAAAAAAUGAAGCACUUGUCAUAGCCAAGAUUCAACACAAGAAUCUUGUUACACUUUUGGGCUGCUGCAUCCAUAAAGAUGAGAAGAUUUUGAUCUACGAAUACAUGCCUAAUAAAAGCUUAGACCUGUGCCUCUUUGAUUCAACUAAGAGUAGAUUAUUAGAUUGGGGAAUACGUGUUCGGAUCAUUGAAGGGAUUGCUCAAGGACUUCUUUAUCUACAUCAAUAUUCAAGAGUUCGAAUUAUUCACAGAGAUCUUAAGGCGGGUAAUAUUUUGUUAGAUAAAAACAUGAAUCCUAAAAUAUCAGAUUUUGGUAUGGCAAGAAUUUUUGGACAAAGCGAGUUACAAGUUAACACCCAGAGGAUCGCUGGGACUUAUGGAAAUAUCUCCCCAGAAUAUGCCCAUGAAGGAGUAAUCUCUGUCAAAUCUGAUGUCUUCAGCUUUGGGGUAUUGUUUCUGGAAAUUGUGAGCGGCAAGAAGAACACUGAGUUUCAUCACACGCCCUUUCUCACUCUCCUUGGUUACGUAUGGGAUUUGUGGACAAGCGACAGGGUAUUAGAGUUGGUUGAUCCAGUUUUAGAUGAAGCGCCCUCCAGGGAAACGUUGAUAAGAUUUGUUAAUAUAGCACUCCUUUGUGUGGAAGAAAAUGCAGAAGAUAGACCCACCAUGAACGAUGUGGUUUCAAUGCUUACCAAUGAAAGUUUACCAUUACGUCCCCCAAAUCAACCAGCUUUUUCCCAUGUGCGAAGUAGAGUACUACUGAAUGAUAUUCCAAGAUCAUCCAACCCAGAAAAAUGUUCUGCCAAUGAAGUAACACUUUCAAUUUUAGUAGCAAGGUUGUACUUGACCAUGAAUGAUGUCUUUUCGAUGCUUAACAAUGAAAAUGUACCAUUGCUUCCUCCAAAUCAACCUGCUUUUUCACAUGGAGUGAAAGAUAUUCCAAGAUCAUCCAACCCAAAAAGUUCUACCAAUUGGUCUUUGAAAGACUGA